AUGGCGGCUCCUACACAGCUUGCUUACCGAACUCUCAAGGGGAUUGGCAUCAUGGAUGCUGCCCCCGUUUAUGAGCCUCUGCCGGGAUUUACACGACCCGAGGGAAACCUCCGUUGCGGUGCUUACUCGCCGUGCGGCCGUUACUAUGCAUGGGCGUCGCCUGAAAAGGUCACCAUUGUGGAUGCCUCCGUUGGCCACACUGUCUCGACCAUCCUCGCCGACAAUGUGUUUGAGCUGGGCUUCUCGCCACUCGGCACCUACGUGAUCACCUGGCAACGACCUACCAAGGAUGCCAACGGUGAUGCUACGAAGAACCUCAAGGUCUGGCGCGCGGUCGAGGCCGGAGACGAGCACUCGGUUGUGGGCCAGUUUGUUCAGAAGUCGCAGACCGGCUGGAACUUGCAAUAUACCCCCGAUGAGAAGCUGUGUGCCCGCGUCGUGACCAACGAGGUUCAGUUCUACCAGAGUGAUAACCUGUCGUCGGUGUGGAAUAAGCUACGUGUGGAGGGGGUGGCGGACUUUGCCCUUUCGCCGGGUCAGACCCAGUCCAUUGCGGUCUUUAUUCCCGAGCGUAAGGGUCAGCCCGCUGCCGUCAAGGUGUUUAUCGUGCCGCAGUUCGGUGCUCCCGUCUCCCAGAAGAGCUUCUUCAAGGGCGACAAGGUCCAGUUGAAGUGGAACUCCUCCGGUACCACUUUGAUUGUGCUUGCGCAGACUGAGGUCGAUAAGACUGGUAAGAGCUACUACGGUGAGACUACGCUGUACUUGCUCAGUGCCAGCGGCGCCUUUGAUUCUCGAAUUGAUCUCGACAAAGAAGGCCCUAUUCAUGACGUGAGUUGGAACCCCAACUCCAAGGAGUUUGGUGUUGUCUAUGGCUACAUGCCCGCCAAGACCACCAUCUUCAACGUGCGUGGCAAGCCCACACACACUUUCCCUCUAAGCCCGCGGAAUACCAUCCUGUUCUCGCCUCAUGGACGUUUCGUUCUGGUUGCCGGAUUCGGUAACCUGGCUGGCCAGAUGGAUUUGUACGACAUGGAGCGGAACUUCCACAAGAUCGCCACCGUGGAAGCCUCCAACGCCAGCGUGUGCAACUGGUCCCCCGAUGGCCAGUACAUUCUGACUGCCACCACCAGCCCUCGCCUGCGUGUCGACAACGGUAUCCGUAUCUGGCACCUUAGCGGUAGCCUUGUGUACAACGAGGAAAUGACCGAGCUCUACGACGUCUUCUGGCGCCCACAGAGCAUCAUCCAGCACCCGCUGGGUGACCCCUUCACCAAGCUGCCCGUGCCCCACCCCUCCGCCACCGCGUACUUGGCCACCCGCAAAGCUCCCGUCAAGCCCGCCGGUGCCUACCGUCCCCCCGGUGCCCGUGGUCAAUUGACCCCUCUUGCCUUCAAGCGCGAGGACCAGGGUGGCGCCGCCUUCAUCCGCGAGGGCCUCCCCGGCGCUGGUGCCGCCGGCGUCAACGGCUUCGGCAAGCCCCGUCGCCGUGAGAUUCCCGGUGCUGAGCCUGCUGAGGAGUACCUGCCCCCAGGUGCCGCGCCUGGCGGUGGUGUCGCACUCCCUCCUGGCGCAGACAACGAGAAACUCUCCAAGUCCGCUGCCAAGAACAAGAAGAAGCGCGAGGCCGCCAAGAAGGCUCGCGAGGACGGCGACAACGCUCCCCCCGCCAACGCCCCUACCGGCCCAAGCCCCAACCGUGGCCGUGGCAAGAACAACGGCUCCCCCGUGAACGGCUCCAACAAGGCUGCUCCCGCCCCCGCUCCUGCUCCUGCUGCUGCCCCCGCCCCCGUCGCGGACCCAUCUGCACAGGAUAAGAAGAUCCGUGGUCUCCUCAAGAAGAUCCGCGCCAUCGACGAGCUGAAGAUGCGUCUGGCUGGCGGUGAGAAGUUGGAAGAUACUCAGAUGAAGAAGAUCCAGACCGAGGAUGCUGUUCGCAAGGAGCUCGAGGCCGUUGGAUUUAGCGGUUAG